AUGCCACGAAAUGGCAAGGGCAAAGCGAAGCCAGGACCGAAGUCCCCGUCAAAAGCAGGAGAGAAGGAAAAGAAGUCCUCAGCCUACGACGGCAAUUACGAGCAGCAUCUUAUUGACAACAACGUCUUUCCUACGGACCGAGGACACAGAGCUGUAAAUCACCAAGAUUGGGAGGAAGUACUGAUACAACCUCGAGCUUCACCAUCCCGCAGCUCCGAUAGGUCUUACAAAUCGUUCAGAGAAGCCGCUACAGAUGCGCGGGACGAGGUCGAGGUCAUGAGCAAUGCAUUCCCUAAGCUCGUGGGAAAGUCGAAAUAUGCAUCUGGUCUGAAUGUACCCUUCGGAAACCUCGAUUACAUCACCGAAAAGAUCGUCGUUCCGCAGCCUGACUGGUACCAAGGAGAACUUGCAGGGGAAGGUAAUCGAACCCUUCGACGACUGCUAGACAAAGCCAUAGUUCCAUCAAAGCGCAAAGAAAGGCCCUUCUUGCCCACUUACUUUGCUGAAGCCAAGGGGCCCGACGGUUCCUUUAUUGAGGGACGGGGGGCUUACGACGGCAAAGCUUACGCGGCAAGUGCGAUAUACCACGGUGAAGGGGAUCUCAAACUGUAUACCCAUCAUAUGACACAACCCAGAGGACCUGGAACCCUUCCGCACACGCAUAUGACCCGAAUCAAGGCAGGCAACUUAACUGAUUCACCUCAGUCUUUCCGUGAGGUUCGAACCGCGUUCAGAAACGUGGGUGACAAGACCCACGAGUAUAGAGUACAAUUCAUCAACGAGGCGAAUCGCAGGAACGGAAUUGUCAGUCCCCCACCGCCUACAAGUACAUCUAGAUCGACCCGCAGGCCGCUUUCCUGCCAGGCACCCAUCUUCGAGUCUAGCGAUUCUGACUCUCACAAUUCUUCAGAAGAGGAUAGCGAUGACGACAACGACAAAGUGUCUUCAAGAUUACGGUCCAAAGGAAAGCUACUGAAACCAAAAAUCGUCUCCGCUGCGCCCAAAAGAGUCGCCAGAAGAGAUCCAUCUCCAGCGCCAAGGACCCGACGAAGGAAAGCCCCAGCUUCCAGCGACUCCGACCCAACCAGUUCGUCAGAAGAAGAAGAGUCCGGAGCGCCUCGGAGACGACAUCUGCUAAAGCCCAAAAUCGUCACCAUUGCUCCUGGAAAAGCCACUAGGAGAGAACCUUCUCCUCUAAGGCGGGAACUCCGGCCAAGGAGAGUAUCUCGCCGCCCCUAG